AUGUAAAAAACUGAUUCUCAAAAUCAAAAACUAAUAGGUAUUCUUUAGAAUUUUUUGCAAAAUAAUUAUCUGGAUAAAGAUGUAAGCAUAAAUAUAAUGGAAGAAUUAAAUUAAAAUUAAAUUAUUUACAUUGAUGGCCAUAUCGAAUUCAAAAAACUUAUUUCUAAGCAUAUUGAAAAUGUUUAAAAUAUUGCAAACUAUGAUUAAUAAAUAAUAGAUCUUUAAAAAAAUUGCUAGAAUUUUUAUUUGAAUAACUCAAUUAUUGACAAAGAUAAUAAAUUACCUUCUUAUGAAGAAGCAGAAGAAGAAAAAAAAGAAGAUUUCGAUUCAAUAGAAAAGGAAAAAUUAAAUGAAUAAAUAAAAAUAAAAGAUGAGUUCGUAAGGUUUUGCAAGGAAUGCGAUUUUGAAUCUAUAGUAUAAAAAGAAACAGAUUUAGAAAGUGAUGCCACAAAAAUUUUUGAAAUAUCAAGAGACUAAAUUUUAAAUGAUAAUUUUAAAGAGAUUUAACAUGUCACCGAUAUUGGAAUUAAAAUAAGAAGGAAUAUAAUACAAAAGUAUGAGGAAUCUAAUUUAAAAUAAAUGGUUAUUAAAUAUAAACAGUAGUAGUAAACCCUUUUAGAUUCAAAUAAUUUAAAUAAGUAGGAAUAAAAUGAAAUUUAGAAAGAGGAUAUGAAUUUUGAUAGUAAAAACGAGUCAGUCAAAACUAAAUAACCAAAUGAAAAUGAAGAAAGCUUAUUACUUAACUUAUUAAAAGAGAACAUCGAAGAGUUUAAGGAGCAAGAUGAUAACUAACUAAAAUUAAUGGUGAAAGAAAUGAAAGAGAAAGGUUAUUAAUCUACACUUUACUGCUAAUUCAUAUAAGAUAGAGAUAGAGUUGAUAAAAUAAUUUAUGAAACCCAUCUAAAAAGUCCAUUCCUAAAUUUAAAGACUAACAAGGUUUGCUAAUUUUACUUUUUAAGUUUGGGUAUUUCUGAAACAGAAAGUUAAGAUUUAAUUGACUCAUACUUUUUUAAAUUACCAAAUUACUAGAUGAAUGAAGAAUAAAUAGAAAGACUCAAAUUAAUAGAAUAGCAUAUAUAAGAAAAUCAAUUAGUUAGAGAUUACAUUGAAAAAAUAUUAAAUUUAAGCAUAAGAAAUGAAAUUCAGCUCUAAUUUAGUAAUAUUCAGAUCAAUGAUCAAUUUUUAAAAGAAAAACUUAUCAAUUCUGAAUGUUCUGAAGAUUAGUUCUAAUAGUUAAUUAAUCAAUAUUAAUUGGAUAAAUAUCAUCCAAAUUUUUAGAUUUUUGAAGAUAUUUAUAAACAAAAUACACUAAAGAGCCUUUACUUAAAGUCUCUUCUUUUACUGGAAUUAAACAAAUAAGACAGCGAUAAAAAACUUUACUUCAGCUAGGUUUACAAAUUCCUUUGUGAUGUAAAACUCAAAGGUAUCGAUGCAUUUUAAGAAGAUAACUAUAAAAGCUUAAUUGAAAUGCUUAAAAUUGAUGAGAAAAUCAUCAAUUCAGAGAAGCUAUAAAAUCUAGAAAAUUACUACAUUUAACUGUUACUCUUUGCAUGUUCACAUAAUGAUGAAACCAAAUUAAAAUUAAUAUCAUUCAUUCUAAAAAAAGUAUUGUUAAAACAUCAAUUAGAAAGCGAGUAAAUUUAAUAUUUGUCAAAAUAAAUCUUAAAGACAGGCUUAAAAUUUAUUUACUAACUGAAUGAUCAAGAAUACAAUAGGACAAAUAAUAAAUCUAAAAUUGAUAUUGAAGAAAAGCUAAAAAAAAGUGAAUUGUUAAAGAAAGUUUAUGGAGGAGACCUUUAUGAAAUAUAAGAUAAAAGUGUAUGCUUUUAUUUAGAUUUCGACAAAUAAUUUGAACUUUAAAAUAAACGAGAUAAAUUAUUCUAAGUGAGUUAAAAAAUAGAUAUCAACCAAUUAUUAAAUUACCACAAUUCAUAAGAAAAACCAACAUCAAUAAAAAAUUGGGUUGAAGAAAUAGCUGAUUUAUACUUUUCAGGAGAUCUGAGCUUUUCUUAGAGACUCUUUGACCUCGUAAUAUAUUUAUCUAAAAGAAACCAAAAUCUUGAUAGCAUAUACAAAGACAUAUUAGAGAGUAUUUUGCUUAAAAAGGACGAAAUAGAUGUUAAAAUCUUAAUUAACAAAAAAACUGUACCAGAAUAUAUGAUGCAAUCAUCUGACUCUGAGUCUAUGUUUAAACUUACAAUAAUGCUAGGGUUUGCGAAUCCUGUGCCUUUACUAAUUACUAGAAUAGUACCUCCUUCUUAAAAUAAUUCCUAUAAAUUGUAACAAGAACUUUUUUACUAAUCCUUUUGGUUAAUCAACUAAUUUGAUAAAGUAGUUGCUUCAAUUGGUGUAGGAUUUCAGAAAGGUAAAUCUACACUUAUAAAUAAUACUUUUAUAACUAAUUUUGCUAUUAGUGAUGGUACUUAUAGCUUUAUGUAGAGUGCUGAAAUUUAAUCUAAUAGCAUUUUCUAACAGAAUAAAAGAUAAUAUUUUUUGGCUGAUUUUCAUGGAGAUGCAAGUCUCUUAAAUGAGUAAUAUAUUUUAGGUUUCUUUGUUUAUUACAUAAUAUAAGUCAACGCAAGUAUCUUUAAAAAUAAAUAAACCGAAAAUCUGCAUAAAAUUAUAAAUUUAUUAGAAGAAAACGACAAAAAAUUUUGUAUUCUAAUACGCGAUUGUGAUGAAAAAAUCACAGUUAGUUCCUAUAAAGAUACAAAAUUAGCUUCUGAGAAAUUAGUAUAACCUGAUCUAAAAAAAUAUGAUACUAUUUUACUUAAUAAUUUUUGUAAAGUAGAUUAAUAAGACUUAGAUUCACACUAUAAUUAAUUAAGAAUAGUAAUAAAUGACCUAAUAAUAAAAAAUUUAGGAUAAUAAAAUUCAAGAGAUUUAUUUAUAAACAGAUUCUUCUCUUAAUUUUAAAAAUAACCUGAUUAAAUUUAUAGUAAUUUCAAUAAAGAAUUGGAACAAAAAGGAGAAGAAAUAGCAGCAGCAGCUUAAAUCUAUUACUCUUAUUAAUUGGUAUAAAAUGUUUGCAAUUAACUUAAAAACUAAAAAUAGUUAGAAUCUUAAAAUAUCUUCAAGUUAUAUAAUAUUUUUUCAGAGUAUCAAAAAAUGAAAAUGGAAUUUAGUCAUAGUAAAUUUUAACUUAUGUCAUCAAAAUAAGUGAGUGAAAGAAACACUUAUUUUAUAUAAUGUGAAUUUAAAUAUUUUGAAUAUAUAAAAUCUUAAAAUGAAGAUAAGAGUGAGCUUGUAAAAUAAUUUGAAUAAUUAGUAAUUGAUAAUAAUAAAAAUCAUUACAUGUCAAUGCUCUUUUUCAUAUAAUAGUUAAGAGAUGUGAAUAAUUAUUACAUAAAUUAAUUAAAAAAUAAGAAAAUAGAACUUUAAUAAAGCUAAACAAUUCAAUAAAAUGAUAUUUCAAAAUAAAUUUAUGAAAUAGAAAAACAAAUAUUAGACAAAUCUAUUUCAGUUGAGCUUUUCUGGAGAGAAGUCAUAUAACAUUGGUAUAAAUCAAACAACAGUUCUCUCAAUGAGAAAUUAAUAGAAGCUUAUUCAUUAAAUAUUUAUAAUGGAUUCCCUUUUGAAAUAAUUGACGGAGAAACAUUUUAUUAUCCAUACGAAUUCUUAAAAAAAUGUUUUUCUCAUUAAUUAUUUACAAAUAAAAAAUUUUGUAUCAUAAGCAUAAUAGGACCACAAAAUUCAGGUAAAUCAACCUUAUUGAAUUAUUUCUUAGGAUGUGACUUUUACGUGAGUGAAGGGAGAUGUACGAGAGGAAUAUAUGGCACUCUCGUAAAGUCAAAGGUACCAUAGUUUGACUACAUAUUAGUAAUUGAUUCUGAAGGUCUUUUAUCAUAAGAGAAAAAAGAUCCAGAUUAUGACAGAAAACUAACUCUAUUCUGCUUAUCAGUGAGCUAAUUCCUAAUAAUUAACGUUAAAGAGCUAACAACUGAAAUAAGUAAUAUAUUGGAGCUUUGCAUUGAUGUCUCAACUGAUUUAAAAACUAAUAAAAUACCUAAAAAAGUAGUUGAGAUCGUUUUUAAUUAAAAAGGGGAUCCAAACAACCAAAAUAAUUGUGUGGCAGUAGAAAAUGCUCUGAAAUAUUUUUAAGAUAAGAAAAAAAUAAUUGAUCACAUAGAUAUAAAAAGUGAAAAUGUUACUAAUUUGCCAACGGCAUUUUCAUACAAAUAAAAAGUUGUUCAGAAUGAAUAAGUAUGGAAUUUUUUAGAGACUUAAAUCAAUUUUGUUGAAGGCGUAUAAAAAUUAGGAGAUAAAGUUAUUCAUAAAUUAAUAAAUCUUUGCUAAGAGGAUUAAAUAUAAACAUUUAGGUUGGUUAAGACCAUUCCAGAAUUUCUUGAAUUAGUGAAUAACAUUUAUGAAACCAUUAAUUAAAACCAAGACUUAACAGCCUUCAGAGAUAUUUUGCAGAAAUAAAAUGAUAAAAGAAUCAAAGAAUUUAUGAAGAAGCAAAUUAAUGAUGAAAUAAAUGAGCAAUUUUUAAAAGAUAUUGAUGACAUUACCAAUGAUAACCGAAUUAAAAAUGUUGAAAGUUAAAUCAAGAAUUAAUUCGAUUGCUUAGAAAUAAAAAUAAAAAAAACAUUACAAGAAGAAUUUAAUAAAAUUGAUCAAGAUUAUUUAAACAAAAAUUUUGAUUACUUGCAUUUAAAGCUGUAAACUCUAUAGGAAAACACAAUAAAUGACAUUGCAUUUGGCAAACAAAUAAAAAAUUUAGAGGAAUUAAUCAACAUAAAAACCCUUGAAUUGCUAAGCUAAGCAGAGUAGUAAAAAAAAAACAGUUAAGAAUAAUAGAUCGAAUACUUUGAAGAAAAGUUUCAUGAAAUAGAAUAAAUUGUUUAGAAAGAUUCACAGUUAAAUAAUAUAGAUGUGCUAUUUUCUUUUAUCAAAGACAAUUAUGAGUUAUAAUUAGGUAAACCAUUUUGUACAAAAAAAAUUGAUAAUUAUCAAUUCGAUUGCUAUAAAUAAAAAAUUUUAGAUGAGAAGACCAGCUUAAUACAUUUUUUAGAAAAUAGACAACUUUUACUGCCUAAAAAUGAUAUUGAUGAUAAUGAAAUAAUUGAUAAUUAGCUAUUAUAAAAAAUUUAUGAAAUAUUUUACAUCCGAUUAGACUAUUUUAAAAAAUAAUUAGAUUUUACAAACAUAAUUGACAUACAUAAAUUGUAUGAUGCAUGCAAGAUUAGAAUAAAAGAAAAUUAAAUUUAAUUAUUUGCAAAAAAGAGCUUAGUUUAAUUGAAUCAUUUGUAUAAAUAUAUCGAGAUGGAUUUUAAUUAAGGAGAUAAUACUUCAAAAGAAGAUGAGGAAAAAAGAAUUCAAAAAUAUUCUUUGUAUACUUAAAGUUAAAAAUAUACAUUUUGUUAACCUUAAUUAGAGUAAAAAAGAAAAAUCGUUGAUGAUUAAAAUGCAAAUUUAAUUGAAAUAAGAUUUAAAGAUAUUACAAUGAGUAUUCUUAGGUAAUGGUUGAAAACUUAACUUUAAGUUAAUUUUAAUUGCAAUAUACUUAAAAUCGAUUCAUAUUUCAGCAGUAUUAAUUAAUAAAUUAAUUAAUUUAUCAAUACUAGAACAAAAGUUGACAGGUAGUUAAUUUCAGAAGUAUUAAAUAUUGUUUAAAAUAAAAUUAAAUAAUUUUAAGAUCAAUUAAGCUUUUAUCAAAUUGAACUAUCAGAAAAAUCUACAUAUUUUUUGAAUAAUAUGGCUAUUUAAGAAUUAUACAAAUUUCACUUACAAAAUUAGUAAAAUAAGCUUAAUAAUAUUAAAGAUUAAAAUUUGAGUGCUGAUAAGAAGUAAUCUCUGAAAAAAAAAUUCUUAGAAAAUGCAACAGACAAAGAUAAAUAGUUGUUUAAUGAAUUUAUUCAAAAAUUAUAAGUGUUCUGUAAAAAAUAUCUUGAUUAAAAUUCUAAAAACUUAAUAAAUAAGAACCUUGAGGAAUACAAAGACUCUCUUUCUAAGGAAAAUAUUGUUAAAGAAAUAUAAUAAAAAUUUUAUCAAAAAUAAGAUUUUUCUUUAGAGUAAAUUGAUGCCUAUCUCGAAGAUCCAAAUAAAGUUAUAAUUAAAACUGCUUUAUACAUAUAAAACAAUUAUAUGAAAUAGCUGUAAUAUGCAAUAUUAGGUAUUUAAAAAAAUUUAUUUAAUAUGUUAUAAAUCAUCAUAAAUGCAAUAAACUAAAUAAUUGAAUCUUUGAUGUGUUAAGGACAAAUAUAAUAAAAUAAAAUAUAUAUAUAUAAUAAAAAACCUGGAUUAUUUCUAUAGCUUAUAUAUUAAGCCUUACUAAAAUAAAUGGAAAAUAUAGAUCAGAAAAUUUUCAAAGAAUUUAGCAACAAUAUAUAACUACCAUCCUUUAACUCUAUUAAAUAAAUUUAGUUAAUUUUCAAAUAAUUAUAAACUGCUAUACUUGAAGAAAACUUUUAAAAAUAAACUAUAAAUACCUCUACUAAAGAUUUUAUAAAUAAAGAAUUUUUAAAUAUUACUCUAUAUUUAUCAUGUGAUUCCAAGUGCCCUUGUUGUGGUUAACCAUGUGAUCAAGAUCACUGGAAAUACUUGCAUGAUAGAAUAGGCACUGGUGACAAUAAACAUACAGCUAAGAAUGGUCAUAGGUUUGCUGCCUUUAAUGGAGUGAAAAUUGAGUAAGAAAAUUUACCAGCUCUUAUUAUGUGUUCUGAUUACGAUGAUGAAACAUAAUUCAAGUAUAAGUAAAAUCAAUUAAAAUGGAGUAAUUUUAAGGAAAUUAAUGAUGAUUGGGAUUGGAAGAUUGAAGUUUAAAAGUAAAAGCUAUAAUUUUAAAGAUUGACAUACUAAACAAUUUGGUCAAUAGUAGGAGAACAAAUUUGCAAAAAAAAUAAUAUUUAGUACUAAGAAAUAUGUGAUGCUUCAAUUAUAAAAAAAUGCAAGUCAUAAAUUAAUCCAGUUCAUUUUAUAAUUGUUUUUGAUGAAAGUGGAAGCAUGGAAGGAGAUAAGUGGAUGUCUCUAAGAAAAGAACUAUUAGAUUUUAUAGACAACAGAAGCAGAUAUACAGCAUAGGAUUUUAUUACCCUUAUUGGUUUUAAUGAUUCUAUAAAGCUUUAUACAAAACUAGAGAAAUUGAAUGAAUAAAUCAAAUAAAAAGUUCCAGAGAAAAAUAUGAAUGGAAAUACAAAUUUUUCUGCUCCCCUUUAGUAAGUAUUAAAGAUUUUAAGCUAAGAUAAUUGUAAAACCUUUAAUAAAAACAACGUUAUAUUUUUCUUAUCAGAUGGAGAAGCAAAUAAACCUGAUACUGAUAUAUUAUAGCUUUAAAAAUAAGGUCAUUUAAUUAAACAGAUAUAGUUUGUUGGCUAUGGAGAUGAAGAUUUUUAAAUUCUAAAAUCAAUGGCAAAUGAUCUUAAAGACUUAUAGGCUUUUUAUUCAAAUGUUAUUAAUAUAUAUUAAUUACAAGAUGAAUUUAAAUAUCUUUCCUUAAUUAUACCAAGCUGA